UUGCUUGAAAAAUUAUAUCUUCAUCAAAAAGAAUAACAGGGUACAUGUUUUCUUGUUCACUCAAAGGUUACAACAGUACAUGGAAGGAAGAUAGUCUUUUUCAGAUUCACUUCCAUUAUGGUUGACUUUUCAUAAUUUUAAAGUGUAUUUAUGGCGUAUGAUACAAACUCCCUCACGUAUCAUAACGAAGUUAAAUCUACAUUGAACAAAUAACCUUCUUAACAAAAAAAAACUUUCAACAACUAUUAACAACCAUCUUUCUGUGUAAAAUCAUGACUCAAUUAUCAAACAUUUCCAUUUCUCAAAAUCUUCCAUCAACAAGAACAACAGUGAUCUUCACAUGCUUUCUCCUGUUUUUUUCUAUCCUCUUCUUACAAAAUUAUCCAUCUUCUAACACAUUUUUAUCAACAGCAUCAGCUUUAACUUCCCAACUUAUCUCUUAUUCCAACUCUGUUAUUAACCCUUCUUCUCCAAAUAACACAAAAACUUGUGAUAUAUUUGAUGGAAGAUGGGUUUAUGAUGAUUCUUAUCCGAUUUACGCACCCGGGUCUUGCUCGUACGUCGAAAACGAAUUCAAUUGCUUCAGAAAUAGCCGCCCUGAUUUUGGUUACUUGAAGUAUAGAUGGCAGCCAUAUGGGUGUGAUCUUCCAAGGUUUGAUGCAAAGAAAAUGAUGGAGAUGUUAAAAGGGAAAACAUUAGUAUUUGUGGGAGAUUCAUUGAACAGGAAUAUGUGCCAGUCUUUGGCUUGUUUUCUGAAGAUGUUUAAACCAAAAAGCUCAAGAUCUGGGGCUUUGUAUUCCUAUGAUUUUAAGGAUUAUAAUUGCAGCAUAAAGUUGAUCAUAGCACCCUUCUUAGUGCAACAUCGAUACCUCUCGAAGAAAAAAGAAAGAUUGAGGUUGGACAUCAUGGAACCUAUUAUCUCCAAGUACCAUGAUGCCGACUUUCUCAUCUUCAACACUGGCCAUUGGUGGAAUCAUAAUAAGUCCCAAAAUGGGGAGAAUUUUUUCCAGGAGGGGGAUGUUGUACACAGCAAAAUGGAUGUAGGACUAGCGUAUACCAAAGCGUUAAAAACUUGGGCAAACUGGGUUGACAAUAAUGUCAACAAGAGCAAAACACAAGUCGUAUUUCGUGGGUUUUCUAAUACUCAUUUCAUGGGUGGUGAUUGGAAUACGGGAGGGAUUUGUGAUGGAGAAAAAGAACCAAUUAAAGAUGAAAAGUUUUUAACACCAUAUCCAUGGUUAAUGCAAACACUUGAAACAGUAAUUUCUGAGAUGAAGACACCAGUGUCAUAUCUCAACAUUACCAAAUUGACGGAUUACAGAAAAGAUGGGCACCCAUCGAUAUAUCGACGUCCUGGGAAGCCAAGACGAGGAAUUAUUCAAGAUUGUAGUCAUUGGUGUCUCCCUGGAGUUCCAGACUCUUGGAACGAACUUAUGUAUGUCUCUUUGUUACAAUCCUUAGAAGGAUCCAAUAGAACUUCCUAAUUUGUAGUGUUUUACUACUAUAUAAAUGAGAAAUGAUUACCCCGCGAAA